GAGGAGAGUUAAUUUUGCCCAUUAUCACGGAGGACUCCUUAGACCCCCCUCCCGUGGCCACCCGCUCCCCCUUCGUGCCCCCGCCCCCCACCUUCUACCCCUUCCUCACCGGCCUGGGUGCCACCCAAGACACCCUGCCCCCGCCCGCCGCGCGCCGCCCGGCCCCCGGGGGCCCGUGCCAGGCCGAGCGCGAGGACAGCGACUGCGAGGAGCCCAUCGAGGCCUCGGGCUUCGCCUCCGGGGAGGUCUUUGACUCCAGCCUCCCCCCGACGGACGACGAGGACUUUUACACCACCUUCCCCCUGGUCACGGACCGCACCACGCUCCGGGCCCCCCGCAAACCCGCCCCCCGGCCCAACCUCAGGACAGACGGGGCCACGGGCGCCCCCGGGGUGCUGCUCGCCCCCUCCGCCCCGGCCCCCAACCUGCCCGCGGGCAAAAUGAACCACCGAGACCCGCUGCAGCCCCUGCUGGAGAACCCGCCCCCCGCGGGCCCCGGGGCGCCCACGGCCUUCGAGCCCCGCCGGCCGCCGCCGCGCCCCGGCGCCAGCUCAGCGCCCGGCUUCCCCCAUCUGCCCACAGCCAGCCCCACGGGGCCCGGGGAGCGGGGCCCGCCGGGCGCCGUGGAGGUGAUCCGGGAGUCCAGCAGCACCACGGGCAUGGUGGUGGGCAUCGUGGCGGCCGCGGCGCUCUGCAUCCUCAUCCUCCUCUACGCCAUGUACAAGUACCGCAACCGCGACGAGGGCUCCUACCAGGUGGACCAGAGCCGGAACUACAUCAGUAACUCGGCCCAGAGCAAUGGGGCGGUGGUGAAGGAGAAGGCCCCGGCCGCCCCCAAGACGCCCAGCAAGGCCAAGAAGAACAAGGACAAGGAGUAUUACGUCUGAGCGUCCCCCUCCCUCCCUCCCACCCGCACCGCCCCACUGCCAGCCGCCCCUCCCGGGAGGGCCCGGAGCAGGGCGCGGCCCGCCGGAGGUGGGGGGGACGCCGGGGGCGCAACCCCGCGGCCUCGGCCUCUCUCACCAGGAGGAAACAAACGCAAAAAAAAAAAAAAAAGAACGAAAGAAGAGAAGGAAACAGAACCCCGUGCUCGUCCCCUUCCUCCCGCCGCGCGCCCGCCGGCCCGCGUCCACCUGUCCGGCCCGCGUCCACCUGUCCGGCCGGCUUCGCGCGCCAGGCAGGGCCCGCGCUGGCAG